UCGACAGUCUGCGGGGUGGGGCGUUAGACGUUCCUCCAUUCAUUGCCCAAUGCCCCAUGUAUUCAAGAUCAAGAUGGCAGCCUCCGUGUGUCGGUGCUAUGAGCUGGUCGGAAGACGUCUUCUACUCCUGCCAUCCCGUGCUGUCUUCUCCUCAUUCAGUAGAGGAGAUGCCUACAGAAUUGGUUGGUCUCCGGCUGUCCCUGUGCAGGUGCGGUAUGCGUCAGAACGACCUAGUCGUAAAGGCUUCUUCAGGGGGUUUGUGGAGAACCUGAGGCAGGAGUUUGGGAAGGACAAGGAGAUGAAGGAGAACAUCAAGAAGUUUAGAGAGGAGGCCAAGAGGCUAGAGGAGUCGGAUGCCCUGCAACAGGCUCGGAGGAAAUUUAAAACAAUUGAAUCAGAGACGGUAAAGACCUCUGAGGUGUUCAAGAAGACCCUGGGGACUCUGUCAGAGACUGUGAAGGAGGGCUUUGAGGAAGUGACCCGUACAGACCUGGGGAAGAAGAUCAAGGAGGGGGUGGAGGAGGCAGCCAAGACGGCCAGGCACUCUGCUGAGUCUGUAUCCAAGGGAGGAGAGAAGCUGGGAGCGACCAGCGCCUUCAGGGCCAUCUCACAGGGAAUGGAGUCAGUGAAGAGAGAGAUUGAUGUGGUAGACGAUGGUACCUAUAGGGCUCCUUCUCAACUCAGGAAGAGAAGUGAAUUCUCCUUCAAGGGAGGGGAGAGUGACAACCGUGUCUUUGAGGCCAAUGAAGAGGACAUAGGUGUUGUUCUGCACAAGGAUUCUAAGUGGUACGCACAGUGGAAGGACUUCAAGGACAAUAAUAUGGUUUUCAACAGGUUCUUUGAGAUGAAAAUGAAAUAUGACGAGAGUGACAACGCCCUUGUCAGAGCAUCUCGAGCCGUGACCGACAGAGUCACCGAUCUACUAGGUGGUCUCUUCUCGAAGACUGAGAUGUCUCAGGUGCUGACCGAGAUCUUAAAGGCAGACCCCAGCUUCGACAAGGACUCCUUUCUCAAACAGUGUGAGAAGGACAUCAUCCCCAACAUCCUAGAGGCUAUGAUCCGUGGAGAGCUGGAGGUCCUGAAGGACUGGUGUUAUGAAGCUACAUACAGUCAGCUGGCCCACCCUAUCCAACAGGCCAGGGCCCUGGGUCUAAUGUUCCAGUCCAAGGUCCUAGAUAUAGACAACAUAGAUUUGGCGAUGGGGAAGCUCAUGGAUCAAGGCCCUGUGCUGAUCAUCACGUUCCAGGCCCAGGUGGUCAUGGUGAUUCGUAGUCCCAAGGGAGACCUGGUGGAAGGGGAUCCAGAGAAGGUGUUGAGGAUGAUGUACGUGUGGGCUCUGUGUCGGGACCAGGAGGAGCUCAACCCCAAAGCUGCCUGGAGACUACUGGACAUCUCUGCCUCCAGCACUGAGCAGGCUCUCUGAGAGACCAGGGAAGGAGAAGAGACAGAGGGACACUCUUAGGACACACACACACACACACACACACACACACACUCAACCCAGUAUACAUACACACACAACCCAGUACACACACACACACACACACAACCCAGUAUACACACACACACACAUACAUGCACACAACCCAGUAUACAUACACACACACACACACAACCCAGUAUACACCGCAACAUCACACAGCCCGUCAGGAGGACAUGCACAGGACGUGGCAGCGUGCCACUCUAAAGAAGCACACUGGAGUGUGUGAGUGUGUGGUCCUGGGAACAGAACAGUGUGUUUUCCGUACAGAGGAGGAGGUCUCCAUGUAAAAGGACAGUUUGUUUUCACCAAGUGACUCUAAAAACAAAGCGCCUGUGUCUCUUUCUCUCUCCAUCUCUCUCUCUCUCCUCUCUCUCUCUCCAUCUCUCUCUCUCUCCAUCUCUCUCCAUCUCUCUCUCUCCAUCUCUCUUUCUCUCUCUCUCCAUCUCUCUCUCUCCUCUCUCUCUCUCCAUCUCUCUCUCUCUCCAUCUCUCUCCAUCUCUCUCUCUCCAUCUCUCUCUCUUUCUCUCUCUCUCUCUCUCCAUCUCUCUCUCUCUCUCUCUCCAUCUCUCUCUCUCUCUCCAUCUCUCUCUCUCCAUCUCUCUCUCUCUCUAUCUCUCUCUCUAUCUUUCUCUCUCUCUAUCUUUCUCUUUCUCCAUCUCUCCCAGUGGAAGAGUCCAUGCUCUUUAAUGCUGGUUGCCUGUUUUGGAGCAGAGGGAUCCUUCGAAUAGUCAUAUUUAAGCCUAUUUAUGGUUAAAGCUCCAUCCUGUCAUGAGUCUUCAACAAGAAGAAACUUAGCGUAUUUUAAAUGAAUAUGUCAAACACCGCUUCUUAGCAAGCUAGGCUGGCACCACAGUCAGGUUUGUCAUAAGGCCACUACUACUUCAGCUGAAUAAUUGCCAUUUCACCUUUUGCACUUAUGUUGUCAAUACCUCCACAUGUACGUACAGGGUACAGUACAGAAGAUGGCUGCCAGCAACAGCUACAUUCCUACUUUUUAUGGCUGUUUUUGAGAUUUGUUUAUUUAUUACAUAAGUUUGUUUGACUGUAUUACAAGGUUUUCACAUCAGGAAACCAGAAUACUGGUAAUUGAAAUGAUUAUUUUUGUAUCCAUAAUUCUAACUCAAAUGGAUAUUUCUGAAGUGCUUGUGGUUGGUUGUAACUAACUGAUUUCAGUGUUUGAUUCAUUGUGUUUAACGUUACAGAACAAUGACCAGCAUUAUGAUGUGAAGAGUUGGUUGGUUCUAGCAUGAAGAAAGCAUUUUGAAAUGGACAAUCAUAUUUCAGCCGUCUAUAUAAAUAGCAUGUACAUGUAAUGCUCUGAGAUGGACUAUUCUACAAAACAAUUGACCACAUUGUAUAAAGUAUGGUUUAAAUAUGGCUUGAAAGGAUAUAGGACUUGGAGUUUUUAUGGAACAACUUGGACCAUGAAUGUGUUGACACAAGGUUAGUUUCUAACUGACUAUAGAUCUGUUUCUAACUAUAUUAACCAGAUUUUUCAGGUUUAGCUGUUGACAGAUGAGGUCAAUUUGAAGGCCUAGAAUCAGAUUUCCCUACGUCCAGUCAUAUAUGUAACCAUUAGGUCCCUAUGCCCAAUCCUAUACGUAACCUUUAUGGGGUAUACAUAUAUCUGAUCCUGGAACAGGGGAUGGGGCAACUCCUAGAAGCUCACAGGAUGUUGAAGUGAUCAGCCCUUGUAGUGGCAGAAACCUCAUAUUACACAGCUUAUUUAAGACCAGGGUUUUUAGUGUAAAAACACCUGAUUCCACGCUUGGUUGAAUCCUAACUUGAGACACUCAUGCUCAACUCUGGCUCAUGCAAACAUUAAUUCAUGUUUAUGGGAGAUUUGUGGAAAUUGAGGUACACGUGUGGAUCUCAAGUUAGGAUUCAACUGCGAGAGUAUCAAAUUUGUUUACAUCCAUCCACUUAAUUUGAGUCGACCAAAAUAAAUGUUUGUAUUUUUCCCAUUUUUGUUGUUGGUUUUUAACAAUGACAUAAAACAAUGUGUUUUACUUCUGCCAUGAAUAAAGAAUGCUGUAUGAUGCUGAA